GCUGCUCAAGCAGGGAAGCCGAACGCGCCUCCUCCUUCUCUUCCUCUCCGAGUUUGGCUCCGUUUUCCCCAGCUCGCAGGCAUCCCACCGGGGGAUGUCCCGCGCAGUCGGUCCUUCUGCGCCGCCCCCCCGCACCCGGUUUCUUCCUCUUUCCAAGUCCCAAGACAUGGAGGGCGCGCCGAGGUUCCCCCGCAAGCCUUGCCCGAGCCAUUUCCUUCUGAGCUGUGAUGUAUAGCCUGGGUGCUUUGAAGAUAGAUAUGCUAGUCUGGCUUUGCAGAUGAUGGUUCAGAUAUUAGACAUGUUGGAGUGUUGAUGGUUUAAAACUUUCUGCCAAGCGCCGAGAAUGUAUUGGUGUGUCGGGAAACAAGAAUCUGCAGAAAAUGGCGAGAAUCCCAGAGAGGAGCAAGGAGAAAUGCCGGACAUGGGGGGCCAGCAGUCUGCGACAGAGUCUUUCUCCCCUGGCCAGACCUCUGCGAACGAGGCCAUUCAGAGUCUCUACCGAAGUGGAGACUUUGAGGCUGCUCUACAGCUGGUCCAAGCAGCCAGCAGGAGGAAUCUCUCUCAAGAGGAGAAGGGACACCUGUUGAGCCUUUCAACCAUCUAUGGGGACCUGCACGCCGUGAGAUACUUGCUAAAGGAGACAGGCGUGACCAUAAGCCUUGAACCCAGUGACCAUAACCCAGCGGUGGUAGCUGCGUAUUUUGGACAUAAGGACAUAGUACAAGAAUUGCUAGAUUCUUUUUUUGGUGCAACGAACAUCUCACAACUGCUGAAUUGGAUGUUGGUGGUGGCUUGCCAGCAAGGCCAUCUAGAGGUGGUUAAGCUCUUAGUGCUGACAUACAGAGCGGAUCCCGACAGCUACGCCGUGAGAAAGAAUGAGUUCCCCGUCCUUCUUCAAUUGCCAAUUUAUGCCGCCAUGCAAGAAGGGCAUGAUGAUAUCGCUGCCUUUUUGCUGGAGAAUGGCUCAUUCUUUUGUUCCUACACACUAAUGGAUUGUCCCAAGGCGAGCAAACGGCUCCUUUGCAAACAUUUCAUUGAACCUGUUCGUUCAUCCGGGAAUGUCCAGGCAAAACCAGGUCUUUCUGUGAACUGGUCAAAGCUCAGACUGCCUUGGGUGGAUUUUGACUGGCUGGUGGAUCUUUCCCACCAAAUAACGGAGCUGGAUCUCUCCACUAAUCACCUGACCUCCCUGCCAUCCAUCAUCCCUUGGGGUCUGAUGAAUCUCCAGAAACUGAACCUCUCCGACAACCGAUUAAAACAGCUGCUUGAUGUGCAGUCCUCGGAUGGAAUCAUCUGCACGAAGUUACUCGAGAUUGACAUAUCUAACAACAGAUUCCUCAGCCUUCCUUCUGGUUUAUUGCACCUUUCUAGACUCCAAAGACUCAUUGCUGGCAAAAAUUAUUUGGAAAAACUAUUUGAUGAGGAGAACGCAACCAACUGGAUUGGAUUAAGAAAACUGCAGGAAUUAGAUGUCUCAGACAACCGAUUAUCGGAGCUGCCUGUUUCCUUUCUGCACUGCUUGAAAUCAUUGCAAAGCCUCAACGGAUCUAGCAAUAACUUAAAAGUGUUUCCUCUACCAUGGGCCUGUCCUUUGAAAUCUUGUAAAGUAGCUAGAAAUAUGCUGGACUCUCUGCCUGAUACUUUGGCGGUGUUUUGGAAAAACCAUCUCAAGGAAGUAGAUUUUUCUGACAAUUCCCUGAAAGAUCUUCCACAGGGCCUCUUCCAGCUUGAAGCUCUGGUCUCCCUCAAAGUUUCAGGAAAUCAGAUAGUCAUGUUACCUUCUCCAGAGAAGUGGUCCUGCCGCUUGUUGAAAUCUCUGGAUCUCUCCAAGAAUCAACUUGGAAAAACUGAGGAAGGGACCAAAACUAAAUGGAUUCCAUUAUUCACUACAAGGAACAGAACUUGCGUUGGCAGCGAGAUAGAAUAUACCCUACAGUUUCCUGAAUUCCUGGCCGAGACGUUGGAAGUCCUCUGUCUGAAUGACAACCAACUAGACUCCGUCCCACAAUCUGUUUGUCUCCUCAGGGGGCUGUCAGAACUCUACUUAGGAAAUAACCCAGGCAUCCAAGAGCUUCCUACUGAACUUGGACAGCUGGUUAAUCUUUGGCAGCUGGAUAUUGAGGAUCUAAACAUUGGCAACCUUCCAACGGAGAUCAGAAAAGAGGGACCCAAGACCAUUUUAGCCUACUUACGCGCUCAGCUACGCAAAGCAGAGAGAUGUAAUGUGAUGAAAAUGGUGGUGGUAGGUCCUCCCCGACAGGGAAAAUCCACCUUGGUUGAGAUCCUGCAGACAGGGAAAUCUUCUCUUUCAAUGCCUGACAAUACCACCAUCCGGACCACAAGAUGGGAUCUCCAGAGACCUGCUGGGUUCAAAUCCAAGGUUGACGCCGUUGAGUUGAACGUCUGGGAUAUCGGAGGCCCCGCCAGCAUGUCAACAGUCAACCAGUGCUUCUUCACAGAUAAGGCAUUGUACGUUGUCAUCUGGAACUUGGCACUGGGAGAAGAAGCUGUGGCGAAUCUUCAAUUCUGGUUACUCAGUAUUGAGGCAAAGGCUCCAAAUUCAGUUGUGCUGGUGGUAGGGACGCAUCUGGAUCUCAUUGAAACCAAAUUCCGUGUCGAGAGAAUCGCCACCCUAAGAGCCUACGUCCUGGCCCUCUGUCGAUCUCCCUCUGGUUCAAGAGCCACUGGUUUUCCAGACAUCACAUUUAAGCAUUUGCAUGAACUCUCAUGCAAAACAUUGGAAGGUCUGGAUGGGUUGCGACAGCUGAUCUUCCACAUCAGCACAAACAUGAAGGAUGUCGGAAAUUCCAUUGGCUCACAGAGGCUUGUUGGGAGAUUGGUCCCGAGGAGCUAUUUGAGCCUUCAAGUAUCCGUCACAAUUGAGCAACAGAGGAGAAGCCAAAACGAUAGCGUGCAAUAUCUCACCGACAAGGAAAUACAAGAAAUCAUUGAGAAAACUCCAGCUAAUGACAUCAAGGAUUAUGAAGACAUGCAGUCCGCCAUCAAUUUCUUGAUCGAAACUGGGACGCUGAUGCAUUUCCCAGACACAAGCCACGGGCUGAGGAACCUCUACUUCCUUGACCCGGUGUGGUUGUCAGAAUGCCUGCAGAGGAUCUUCAACAUCAAAAGCUCAAAGUCAAUCGCCAAGAACGGGGUGAUCAAAUCCGAGGACCUCCGGAUGCUGAUGGUCGGGACGGGGUUCACCAAGGAAACCGAAGAGCAGUAUUUCCAAUUCCUUGCCAAGUUUGAAAUUGCAUUACCGAUAGCAAACAACAGUUAUCUCCUACCCCACCUGCUUCCUGCCAAGCCAGCCUUUGAUGUCCAUGGCUUACGGCACCAGACAACAAACACCAUCCAAAGAGUAUUCAAGAUGAGCUUUGUCCCCGUUGGGUUUUGGCAACGGUUCAUAGCCCGGAUGCUGAUCAGCCUUGCAGAGAUGGAUCUUCAGUUCUUUGAAAACAAGAGGGUGACCAAGAACAGAAAUAAAAGUUCUGUCAUCUACAGCUUCACGGGCACCCAAAGAAACAGAUGUAGCACAUUCCGGGUUAAAAGAAAUCACACAAUUUAUUGGCAAGAAGGAUUGUUUGUCUCCUUCGACGGAGGCUAUUUGAGUGUGGAGUCCUCUGAUGUGAAUUGGAAGAAGAAGAAAAGUGGUGGCAUUAAAAUCAUCUGCCAGUCAGACGUGAGGGAUUUUUCAGCCAUGGCUUUCAUCACUGAUCAUGUGAAUUCUUUGAUCGACCAAUGGUUUCCUGCCCUCACUGCCACCGAGAGUGACGGGACUCUACUGAUGGAGCAAUAUGUACCUUGCCCCGUCUGUUCAACCACAAAGCCCCAAGACGGAGAAGACAGCCCCCAAAAAGAAGAUGGACAGUAUUUCAAUAUGGAAGACUGUUUUCUCACAGCUAUUGAGCAGGACCACAUCACCUGUGCCCAGCAUCCAGAUCUACCUGUCCCUUUACAGGAGCUGGUCCCUGAACUUUUCAUGACGGACUUUCCAGCCAGAUUAUUCUUGGAAAACAGCAAACUGGAAUAUGUAGAAAAUGAAAACAGUAUCCUCGGCCAAGGAGGAAGCGGAACGGUUAUCUAUCGGGCACAAUAUCAAGGGAAACCGGUAGCCAUCAAGCGUUUUCAGAUUAAAAAAUAUAAGACUUCUGCCAAUUCAGCAGCAGACACCAUGCUGAGGCAUCUACGGGCGAUGGAUGCCAUGAAGAGCUUCUCGGAGUUCCGUCAAGAAGCCAGCAUUCUCCACUCACUGCAGUACCCCUGUGUGGUCUCCUUGAUUGGGAUCAGCAUCCAUCCACUCAGCUUGGCCUUAGAACUGGCUCCUUUGGGCAGCCUGACCACUGUUCUCUCAGAAAACUCUAAAGGAGCUUCCUUUGUACCUUUGGGACAUAUGCUGACCUUCAAGAUCGCCUAUCAGAUUGCCGCAGGGCUGGCCUACCUUCACAAGAAGAAAAUCAUUUUCUGUGACUUGAAAUCCGACAACAUCCUCGUGUGGUCUUUAGACGUGAAGGAAAGCAUCAACAUCAAACUAUCUGACUAUGGGAUUUCUCGCCAGUCCUUCCACGAAGGAGCUUUGGGGGUGGAGGGGACGCCUGGCUAUCAGGCCCCAGAAAUACGACCUCGCAUUGUCUACGAUGAAAAGGUGGACAUGUUCUCAUAUGGAAUGGUGUUGUAUGAGCUGCUGUCGGGGCAACGCCCCGUCCUGGGACAACAUCAGCUGCAAAUUUCCAAGAAACUCUCCAAGGGGAUUCGGCCCAUCCUGGGCCCGGCAGAAGAAGUACAGUUCCACCGACUGCAGGCUCUUAUGAUGGAGUGUUGGGAUACCAAACCUGAAAAGCGGCCCCUGGCCAUUUCGGUUAUAGGACAAAUGAAAAGUCCUUCCUUUGCCACAUUCAUGUACUACUUGCCCUGUGGGAAGCAGUCUGUCUUCUCUUCUCAAGGACAGGACCACACCGUAGUAUUCUGGGAUGAGAAGGAAGAUACAAGGAACUACACCGUAGUAAAUGCGGAGAAAGGAUUCGUAGAGGUUUCCAAAAUGAAUUGUCCAGGAAUGAAGCUAUGCUGCCAGUUGAAACUUCAGAACUCUCUUUGGACUGCAACAGAGGACCAAAAGAUUUACAUAUAUAGUUUACAAGGAAUGUGUCCUCUGAAGACUCCACAGAAAGGCAUAGACACUCCAGCCGUUGUCACCUGCUUUCUUGCAGUGCCUUUGAUGAAAAAGAACUGCUAUGUGGUCCUGGCUGGCUUAUCUGAUGGGCUGAUUGCAGUUUUCCAAGUCAUGAGUGGUGCCCUGGAGGACAAUUGCUGCUAUCUUUGCUCCCACACGGCAAACCGUUCCUUGUUCAAUAUCGGCGAUGACGACCCCCGCCAGAAUCCUCACUCCGUGAAAGCCAUGGAAAUGGCUAACAGUGGGGCAGAAGUGUGGUACAGCAAUGGCCCUGGUAUCCUUAUCAUAGACUGCAAAGCUAUGGAAAUCACCAGGCGACUGGAGCCCUACAGUCCGCCAUCCACAGUGGUAUCCAUUGUGUGCAGCUCCGACUGCAACGGGGAAGAAGUGAUGUGGUGUUUGGAUGAUACCACCAACUUCCUGGUGAUGUACUACAGCUCUACCUAUCAGCUGUGUGCCCGAUAUUUCUGUGGGGAUUGUAGCCCCCUGAGGGACAUGUUCACGAUUCAACAGCCUUCAACCUUGAUUCCUACAACACUAACCGCAAACAGGGAUGUGGCCCUUGAAAGCACCUCUUCGGCCAAUGUGAGCAUCCUUCAGAGCCGAGAACUUGGCACUCAAAUACUAAACCAUCAGGACUCCCUGACAGACUACUGCUCUAUGUCCUCUUACUCGACAUCAUCUCCUACCAGGAUACUGAGAUCUCCCUCCAGCCUUCCAAGCUCCCCCACAAGUUCUUCCAGCACGCCUUUCUUGACUGACUGUGAAGAGCUCAACAAGCUUCAGGAGCCAGACCUUCCUUCUGAGAAAUCUGAAACGUUUCUCCAAGCUGUGCGGAUCCUACCUGUAAAAGAGCUCUUGUGGAUUCCCAGGCAAGGAGGUGAUAUCAUUGUGAUUGGCUUGGAGAAGGAAGCCACAUCUCAGCGGGGAAGAGUCAUCGCUGUGCUGAAGGCUGUGGAGCUGGCCUCCUAUGGGUCACUGGUUGAUGCUGCUGUUCUGUCCAAAGACCGGGUUGUGUGUUGCUACCGAAAUGAGUCGAUGGAAUGGUGCUUGGCUCUCUGGAGGAGUUGGGGAGCCAAAGACUUUGAUCUUUUCUACCAAUCACAUGAAGAAUUAGGGAGACUUGAAAUUUGUCUGCGGAAGAGAAGGUAGUGUCUAUAGAUCAGAAAACUGACACCCUUGGAUGUCUUGAAGGCACCCAAACUUUUCUGGAAAGGGAGUGGCGGCUCCCCGGUUCUGCUGCUAAGAGAAACCAAAGAGGCUUCAUGCAUUUGGAUUCCCAUCCAUGUAACUAUCAAACGAACAUCCACAUCUUCUUCCAGUUGGAUGCAAGUGUAAACCAACCAACUCCCGUCUCUUCAGGUUCUUAGUAAUGCUGGUUUGUGUUGUAGCCCGUUGCUAAACACAACACUUUGGACAUAGUUGUCUUCCAGGAUAGAAUACGACUGACAAUUGCAUGUCAACUUUCACUCUUGUGAUAGACUGCAGGGGGAAAACGGGGAGGACGGGAGUCCAGUUCUAGUUAUAAAUUAUGUCUGUAUGAAAUUCUCCAAUUCUGACAGUAUGAAAAGAACUAACCUAGGUUAAAUGAGGUUGUAUGGAGAAUGUCUGAUUCUGGCGGAAAGGGCCUUUCUUGCUCUUUUAGGUUAAACCCAACGUGUUUCAGAAUAUAGUUAUAUUCUAGGUCUGUGAUGCCGAACCUAUGGCACGCAUGCCGGAAGUGGCACGCAGAGCCAUCUCUCUGGGGACACAAGCCAUCAUCUGUUGUUCUUCCGGGGUCCGGUGUGCCGACCAACUGGUUUUCACGCACGCGGAGUGCCGGAAGCUGGAAGAGCAGCUGCCCAGUGCACAUGCGCACGCCGGGAAGAUGAUCUUCCGGUUUCCAGCACCCACAUGUGCACUGGCCAGCUGGUCUUCACGUGUGCAUGCGCACUAGAAACUGGAAGACCAGGUGACCAGUGCGCAUGCGUGCCCCGGAAACUGGAAUAUCAUCUUCCCGGGGUGCACAUGCGCAUCGGUUGGCUGCUCUUCCAGUUUCUGGCAUGCUCAAACACACACACACACACACUCGUGCUCCCAUUUCAGCACUCAGUGCUGAAAAGGUUCACCAACACCGUUCUAGGUUAACUCUUCCACGUUAAACCCAGCGGUCUUGAGAAUAUCAUGAUAAAACAUGGAACGUCUCAAUUCCACAGAAGCAAAGUUUCCAGAAAGUUUUGAGGCUGGCCCCAAGUGAAUGCGAGCUGAUUUUAAAUCAUUUAGGGAUCAGGGACUAAAUUGCGACGAAUGUGUGUCUCUGUGUGUGUGUGGUUAUCACUUUAUUGUCAUCCAGAGCCAUUAAGAACCGUGGUGGUACCGUGGUUAGAAUGCAAUAUGGCAGGCUAACUCACUGCUCACUGCCAGGAGUUCGAUCCUGACUGACUCAAGAUUGACUCCAUCCUUCCGAGGUGGGUAAAAUGAGGACCCAGAUUGUUGGAGGGCAAGAGGCUGACUCUGUAAACCACUUAGAGAGGGCUGUGAAGCACCGUGAAGCGGUAUAUAAGUCUAAGGGCUAUUGCUAUCAUUUCAGCCUUAUCGGAGCCAAUCAGCGCACAAAAGAAGCAUAUCACAUUUAUAUUUUUAUUGAAUGUAUUGACAAUUGGAAGAAGGUUUUAUGAGAUCAUUUUUCCAACAGAAGGAAACUAGAAAAUGCAUUCUGAUCUAAUUGCGGGUUGUUUAUUAUACAUUCGUCCUUAUUGCUACUGCGUUUUUACUAUUGACCUCUUAACAGUCCAUAACUCACCAUUCUUAGUUAACUCCUAUUUUGACUGGGCAGAAAAAGGAACUUUCAUACUGAACUGCUCUGUUAUAACAUUAGUAUAAACCUGGUUUCAUGCUUUUUCUUUAAUCUGACUUUUUCCCAAUUCCUUAUACAGCUGCAGAAGCUUAGGAAGAAACAUGGGGCAGAUAGAUCAAAUUUUUCUUCAGACAAUUCCUGGUAAUAUUUUCCUCCUGAACUGUGUCUAUUAAAAGCAUUAAUUAAAAAAUCUCUUUUGCUAAAUUGUAGGAAGCAAGCUAAAUAGGCCUCAUCAUGAGUGCCUUUCUUUUCCUGACAGUUAGAACAAUUAAUCACUUGCCUCCAGAAGUUGUAGAUGCUCCAACACUGGAAGUUUUUAAGAAAAUGUUGGAUAACCAUUUGUCUGAAGUGCUGUAGGGUUUCCUGCCUAAGCAGGGGGUUGGACCAGGGGCGAAAUGCUCCCGACUCUGACUGGAUCUUGCGAUCCGGUAGCGAUCAUGGCCUGUGGUUCGGCGAUCCGGUAGCAAUUGCUGAACCACCGGCGACACCCUUCGUCUAGGUGUCAUUACUUCCUGGUUUUAACCAGGAUGUAAUGUGUUUUGUGCAUGCGCAGAAGGUCUGCAUGCGGAUGUGACGCACGCAUGCGAAGUGCUCAGGCAGCGUUUGAACUUCUGAGCUGGUGAGGAAGGUAAGUAGAUUUCACCCCUGGGUUGGACUAGAAGACCUCCAAGGUCCCUUUCAACUCUUUUACCCUGAGAAGAGGGACUUCUCAGGGUGCCGUCCGCCAAACAAUGUCGGUUGGCGGCUUCCAGAGGAAGAUCCUUCUCUGUGGGGGCUCCUACUCUCUGGAAUGAACUUCCCCCUGGUUUACGCCAAAUACCUGACCUUCGGACCUUUCACCGCGAAUUGAAAACACAUCUGUUCAUUCAUGUGGGGCUGGCUUAAGGUUUUUCUUUUUAAAUUGUCUAGAUUUUUAAAUUUUAAAUUCUAUUUAUGUUUUAAAUUGGGGUUUUUAGAUUUUAAAUAUUUUAAUUUUUCGGCCAAUUGUAUAAUAAGUUUCUUAAUUUAGUUUUUAAUUGUACAUUGUUUAUGUUUUAUUCUGGCUGUACACCGCCCUGAGUCCUUCGGGAGAAGGGCAGUCUAGAAAUCCAAUAAAUAAUAAUAAUAAUAAAAUAAUAAUAAUUUUAUCCUAUCCUAUCCUAUCCUAUCCUAUCCUAUACCAUCCAUCCCAUCCCAUUCUAUUCUAUUCUUACCAUUCCUGUAAUCCAGAAUUGGGACAAGCAACGGCCUUCCAGAUUGUUAAACUAUCAUUCCCAGUUCAAAAACUUUUGCUGAGAAAUGGUUCCAGAGACAGAGAGUACGAUGCAGGGCUGCCAUUUUUGUGAAGUAGCCCCGAGCGUUAUUCAUACUAUGUAUUUGCACUAACCUUUGGUAUCCUUCUCCAACCCAGAAAUAGAGAUAGUUGCUGGCUUUAUAUACCUAUUAACAUAUUUUGUGUUACUCUUUGAAAAUACGUUUAUAUAAAUGCCACCAAGGCUGUGUUGUGGCAAAUAUAAAAGGAACCCUUUUGUAAAUGGACGGAUAGUUGAUUUUUGUUUUAAAAAAAAAAUCCUAAUUUUUAAAAAACGGUUAUGCAUUGUCUGUGU